AUGUCGAAGAGAAUAAUAUCCCUUUUUUGGUGCCUUAUCUGCGCUGCAGUUGCCUCUCGCACGAAACACUCUCCCAUCUCCAUCGCGGCACGACAGGCGAAUGGUGCCGUUGCUGCAUCGGUCUUCCUAAGGAGGGCUUAUCACUCAUCUGCUGUGCUCAAUGGCUGGGUGUAUAUCGACGGCGGGGAAUUCUCAUACUCCAGUGGAAGCGGCAUUGUCUAUCAGUACUCGAAUACCUUACUGUCUAUCGAUCUGUCCAAGGACUGGACUAAUACCUCCCUGGCACUGCAUUCAACGUCGAAGCCUUCGGGAGCCCCGAAUCUAAGGGACGGGGGCAUCUGGGUGGACGACAAGAACCAAAUCCUGUACACCGGAUUUGCCGGUACCAACCCCAUAUUCGGUAACGGCGCCUCGUAUGCACAGGGACUCUGGUCGUUUGCGCCAGACGGGACAGGGGGCGCAACUUGGCAAAACCUGAAUUCCACGGCUGACGGGCGCUUUACCAACCAAGCGAGGACUUACGGGGGGCAGGUGGCAAGCGGCGGCGGCUCCGGCUUCCUUCUCGGCGGUAACAGCAACAUCAACAAUAACGCAAAUUUCCAGGGACUCCCUGGCGGCCUCGUUGUCUAUGACUAUUCCUCCAAGAAGGCGACAAGCGCAACGACGACCUCGAGCCUGCCUACUACGCAGCCAGGCGGACAAGAUGGCGGGAUACUCUACGUCCCCAGCUUUGGCCACCACGGGAUCCUCGUGUCCAUGGGCGGCAGCAGCCUCGGCGGCCAAAACGGCGGCCCGGUCGGUUCUUCCAGCAGUCUAACGCCCUUCACCAGCGUCCGCGUCUACGACCCAGGGAAUCAGAAAUGGUACGACCAGAUGACGUCAGGGGACGCGCCCAAGCCGCGGCUCCAGUUCUGCCUGGCUGGAGUCGAGUCCAACAACCGCACGUACGAGCUGCUCGUGUACGGUGGCUGGGCGGGGGAGCUCGGCUCGGCGGCGGUGUCCUACGACGAGGCCUUUGUGCUCACGCUCCCCGGCUUCCGCUGGAUCAAGGCCGACUACCCCGCCCGGCACCCGCGCUACGGCCUGACCUGCAACGCCGCCGGCGGCGGCCAGGUCCUGACCAUCGGUGGCGUCGACCCGACGCAGAAUAUGUCUGCGUCUGCCGACGCCUACGAGGCCGUGUUCGGCACCCCGGACCCGUUCGUGCAGGGUCUCGCCGUCUUCGACUUGGGAAGCCUCGCGUGGAAGGACGCGUACGUUUCGAAGCCAGCGGCCUACGUGUCUGCGCCGCAGAUCCAGAAGUACUACAACGCAAACGGACGGACGCCCGACGGGGGAUUCGACUCGACCGAUCUGAAAACGCUUUUCUCGGUCGAGAACUUUGGAGCGUCCAACAACAGCGGCCGCACGCGCUACAGUAACACGGGCGCCAUCGCAGGUGGCGUGGUCGGCGGCGUGGCCGCGGUCGCUGCCAUCAGCGCGCUGGCCAUCUUCUUCAGGCGGGCGCGCAGCCGUCGCAAUGCCCGGCGCACCAUCGAAGUGCCGUUUCCAGUGUCGCCGCGCCCCCAGGGCCUGGAGCAGGCGCUGAAGAACGAGAAGCCGCAGUCGCCGCAGUCGCCGGCGGCGGCGCUGCCACCUCCGCAUGUUUUCGAACUGGCGGCUCCCACGGAAUCCGAAGCGGGCGGCGCCCACGAGCUGUCUGGCGCGAGCCGGGUGAGGUAUGAACUUGCGUAGAAGGGGAGUAUCUUGUAUUGGGACCCCCUUGUAUAAUUCGGGGUUGGCAAAACGUGUAGGAUGCAUCUCGGCAGUUUCUCAGCUGACUAAAGCCUGGGAGGUAGCAGUUUUGCAGCCAAUGUUGGUUGAUAGAAGAACAUGUAAUACAUACAGAGAAUAUAGAGAAGGCUUGUGUUACCCGGUUCCCAUGAUAUGCAGAGAAGAGAUUCCAGCCCAGCACCCACAAGGAAACAAGACGCGCGAGAACAACAGCAAUA